CUUUCCCAAAUUAAAGUCAAGAAGAACCGCAAUUCCCAAAUUGCAGCCAAAGUUUUAAGAAUUCCCAUUCUACCGUCCACGUCACCGGUUCAGGGGGAAGAAAUUUUAAAUCCGGUCUACAGCAAAACCGCUACCUGAAGUAGCGGUUUUUACUAAUAAACCGCUACUUCAGGUAGCGGUUUCUUUUUAAUAAACCGCUACUUCAAGUAGCGGUUUUUGUUUAAUAAACCGCUACUUCAAGUAGCGGUUUUCUAGCAGGUAUAAUUUCCCGAUUUCACUUUCCUCUUUCAUUUUCGUCUUCUCACCAAAAUCCCAUCCACGUCUUCCACCAAAAUCACACCUCCUUCAACGGAAGCCGGCGCAGCCAAGGAAUCCACCGACGCCGCCGGAGCAUUCCUCAGCAACGAAGGCCGCCGCUGUUGACGCCGAGGGUUCGACUUUAGUGGUGGGCUUCGCUAAUUUCAGAAGAAACGUGCUGAUCUUCUUGUUUGUGAAUGAAACAUGGAGGUUCCGAACUACCCUCUAUAUUGCUAUUGGGGUGGAGAAAUUGUCCACAAAGAUAGCGAUAUAACGUAUAGGGGUGGGAAUCAAAAAUUUGUGUUUGUACAUUCUGCGAUGACAUAUUCACAAGUUCUGAACAAGCUAUAUGAAGAAUUGAGUGUUGAUCCUAGAGGUGUGGAGUUGAAGGUGGUUAUGCGUUAUCCUAUGGCUGGGGCAUAUGUUGCAAUUCCGUUAAAUGACGACAACGCUGUUAGAGCUAUGUGGAUUGCUGUGACUCAGAGUUCUUCUGUUGCAAUGCAAUUGUUCAUUGAACAAGUUCCAAAGGAGCCAGUUGUGCAAACUAACACUGGUUCCUUUCCGGGGAUGGAUUUUUUUGGUAGUGUGGAUCAACCGUUUUCCACUGGUGUUCAAAGUGUGGGCAUAGGGUCAUUCACAAGAAUGCUUGUUGAUCCACAUUAUGUCAAUGACCAUCUCUCACAGUUUAGGUCUCCGGCCUCAUCGCCUAAUGUUGGAACCUCGACAAGCACACAACCACAAGGCAUUCUUGAUUCUCUUGACCCAAACAAUGUUGAUGUAUUUGGCGAUGCAGAGAUGAAUGACACUGAUGAAGAUGAUGAUGAAGAGGUAAUUGAAGCUCGUGAUAAGGCAAUUAAAGGAAGCGCCCCCACUUCAGACUUCAAUGAAGUGGCACAAGUUGAUCCUCGUUUGAAUAACUCAUGGAUGUCUUGGUUAGGAAAUGAGACAUAUAACAAUGGGGGAGAAUUUGAGGUUGGUCAGCAGUUUGACUCAUUGCAACAACUGAAAGAUGCUGUGAAAUCUUACUCCGUAGCUAGAAAUCAAACAAUUCGAGUUGUGGAGGCAGAGCCAGAGAAAUAUGUUGUUGAGUGCAAGAGGAAAGAACAAUGUAGUUGUUCGUGGAGGCUUAGAGGAGUGAAAGAUCCAACACUCUCUACGUUUAAAAUUGUGAGGUACAACGGCCCUCAUGCAAGUAACUGUGUUGGUGACAUCGACUCGGGAGAUCAUAAGCUACUGACUUCCGAGUUCGUUUGCAAUGCUCUUCUAGAUGUCAUUCGCGUUGAUCCUUCAUUGAAAAUCAAGACAAUGGUGCAACUUGUGAAAGAGAAAUUUGAUGGAUUCCAAAUAACCUACAAGAGAGCAUGGCUAGCGAAACAAAAGGCAAUAAAACUCAUUUAUGGGGGUUGGGAGGGUUCAUAUGAACAGUUGCCUAAGUACAUGCAAGCUCUCAAGGAAUCAAAUCCUGGAACUGUUGUUGAGUGGAGUUUUAUUCGUAUUCUUCGAAUUAUUGUUGUUUGUGGAAAACUAGGAGAUAUUAAGGUUAAUAUGCCUACAUAUCAUGCUUUACCUUGGCAAAUGGCAGUUAUAUCAUUUCAGUUUAUUGGUAUUUAG